UAUUUACAUCCGCAACGGUCAAGACCGAUCGAUGGCUGAUUGAUGCUGAUGGCAAUUCAUGAAAUGGUUCAAGAAUCUGGCUCUGUCCUCCAUUUCGCCUCAAGGGCGGCCAACCGAAUUUUGGUAUCAAGAUACCUAACUUCACUCGAGCCUCUCAGGCGCAUCUCAAAGGACCUGGCACUGUCGCCUCGAGCAUAGUCCCAAGCUACUCACGCCUUUGCCCUCUCAAUCUAAUGCCAUGAAUAACGGAACGAAAAGCGCCCUUCAUGAAGCCGAGGCGGUCUCUGAUUCCUUUGCGAACGCUUCUUGCCAUCCGGACCCAUACGAUGGCUCUCGACCGGCAACACCAGACAGUUUCCAACAAAACUUUGGCUACGGAGAACCCGAAUACGACUUCGACCGUGAUUCCGACAUGAGCGAUUCGGCUUCCUUAUCACCGUCUUACGUUAGUGCCGGUCAGGGUUCUGCUCGCCACUAUCGAGCCCAAAUGGAGAGGAACGAGAUCAAGCCCGAGCCGUUCAUCAACGAUAGGCUUUUCUCGCUAUACAAGUUCCCGUUCAAGCCGUCGGACCUUUCUCAGCAAGCUUUCGAAAAGACCGCCGAGAAAGCUCUUGCAAAGCCAGAUGUGCAGGUAGCAUAUGCCGACUGCCUGGAUGGCCUAAAGCAAUUUGGUCAAGCGCAGACAAAGGGCCUUUUCGAUAACAACGAAUGGUCGCUCCACCUACACAUGCAUCUGCACAUUUCCAAGAUUAUCGAGCCGUCCAUGAACCGCAAUAGGACAUGGUGCCUCAUUUACAACCCUCACAGGGCUAGCACCUGGAACUACGCUCCGAAAUGUUUCGAACGAUUCGAGGAUCUCUCCCAACCGAAAGUAGAUACUUCCUUCCUCAUCUGCGUUGAUCAAGGCAAAUGUCAGCCGGCGAGCCCCCUCUACGUCAUUUGCGAGCAGGUCGCCAACCAGGAUUACUUUCAUAUGCCUCGGCAACACGAUGUCGCCAAGGUCGAUACUUCUGACCUCUCCGAGAUCAUCGAGCUGCUAUCGAAGGCCACCUUGGACACGUUGCACAAAUACGUAGAGACGGCCGAAGUUUCGUACUGCUGCACCACCGUUGCAGGAAUGCAUGGAAACAUCGUGAUUGACAUCCUCGAAUUGAAAAACUCCGGGACGUUGGCUAUGUUGCAACAAGGCGAGAACCAAGCAGUCAACGCCGGAGCAUUCAUUUGCGGCAAACAGCAGGACUUGAUCAAUUAUGCUACCUCGAUUGACCCGGAUUUCAGGACCUUGGAUCCAUGCUGCCUCACCAUGGUCAUCGCGGGACCCCAAUGGCAGAUUCAUGGCAUCGCAAUCAACCCGCUCCACGAAAAAGUCGAUUUUGUCUACUGUAAAGCGGUGGAAGGGAACUGGGUGGACGACCCGAAGACGUUCAUCGGCGCGGUAUUGACUAUGCACCAGAUCAUGCUCGACCAUACUGUCAAGCUGUUCGUCUCGUGCUUGAGGGUGAUCGUGGCGGACAUGAAGGCCAGGGAAGGCAAAGAAAAGGAGCAUGGCGGGUUGACGCCUCGCAAUGGGAAACUGCCGGAACGAGUCGUGAAAAGGUCGGCCGUUCCUACGAAGGAGCCGGACGACAAGAAGUCGGACAAGCAGCCAAAGUCCAACGAACAGCAGAAGUCGGACGACCAAGCGACGCCGGACGGUCAGCAGAUGUCGGGCGCAUCGCAGCCCGUCCCCGGGUUCGACAAGCUGGACAUCGGGCAAUAAUCACAGAACCCAUCCGCGUCGGAAUAGUCCAGCCCAGCUCAGGGCCACCAGCCAGCAAUCUACCUACCUCCUAGUAGAACGACGCCGAUGCUUUACGCAUCACUUUACGAAGCAUGUCUGUUUUUUGUGUUACAACGACCUGUCUCGCCUGUCCUCGUUUCUCAACGUAUUCUCUCGAUCUUCUCGUUUGUACAUAUACACGUCGGCUUCACCGCCUAUAGGGUGAGGUGGUUUGCUACAGCAUAGAACCAUCUACGAUUUUAUCAGUCUCUCCAUCAACCACAACGAGCGCCGG